AUGAAUAAACAGGUAAAAAGAAAUGACACUUCGAAGAAAGCGAAAUGUUUGUUUCUAACAAACACCGUAUCUAGUAUAAUUGGUCGACUUGGGGUAAUAAUCAGCCGAUAUCCCCUUUAUUUUGUCAUUGUUCCUGUCAUUGUCUCCGGUUUAUUAUCAAUCGGGCUAAUCACAAUUCAAACCAAUGACGACAUCGAUUUUCUCUUAAGUGCGGAUAGAGGUAAAGUUUUUGAUGCCAAACAAUUUAUAGAUAAGACAUUCCCUAUCAAAUCGAAUAAUUUCGAUUUUUUAAGAAUUACUAAGCGCCCACUUUUCCCCAUAAUCUACAUAGUAAAUGACAGAAAAGGCAACAUUUUACGCAAAGAAUUCUUAGAGGAAAUACGAACUGUAGAUAAGAUUGUAAAAAACACUGCAGCUUAUGUAGAUGGAAAGAAUAUUGUUUAUUCGGACGUGUGCCAGACUGUAGAAGGCAAGUGUUUAGAAAAUACUCUUAUUGAUAUGCUAAACAAGUCCGAAAAUGCUGUUAAUGAAAUACUAAAAAUGAAGUAUCCCAUUAAUAUGGAUCCUGUUACAUACGCGUACAAAAUUUUCUGUGUGAAUUUAGGGGGUGUGACGACAGACGAUAAAGGAUAUGUAAAACAAGCAAAAGCCGUUCGUUUAUUAUAUGUACUAGACGAAUCGAAUGCAAAUAAGAAAAAGUGGAAUGAAGAAUGGACAAAUUCAGUUUACAAGAAGUUGAAGGAUUACAGCUUCGAGCAUAUUAAAACAUUUCCAGAACCAUUCUCUUCUACCGCUUCUCAAGUAAAACGUAUUUCACAGAAAUUAGUGUCGUUGAUAAGCGUGGCGGUGGUCGUAGUGGCCAUUUUCUCCAUGUUGACGAACAUGUCUAACAAUUGGGUGAAGUCAAAACCCUGGUUAGGCGUAUGUAGUGUUGUAUCCGCAGGUCUGGCUGUGGCCACCGCUUUUGGAUUAUUAUCCGCUUGUGGAGUAGAAAACCUUCAGUGGAAUGUCGGCUUACCUUUCAUUAUUCUUGCUACUGAAGUGGACGACUCGUUUGUCGUAUUGGCUUGUUGGAAGGUAACAGAUUGUAAUGACAGAGUAGAAAACCGAAUGGAACAGACGUAUCGCAACGCAGCCGUGUCCAUCACCAUAACGUCUCUAACGAAUUUCUUUUCCUAUUGCAUCGGCAUGACGUCACCAUUCCCGGGUGUAAGAAUAUUCUGUUUGUAUGCUGCAACAUGCAUCUUCUUCAGUUAUUUCUUUCAGUUAUUAUUUUUCGGCGAAUGUUUGGCAUCGAGUGGAUACAGGGAAGAGAAGGAUCUUCAUCCUUUUACGUUUAAACCAGCUUUUGUGCACGUCGUAAUUAACGAAACUUUAGAUUAUUCUAAUCCACGAGUUCAAGAGUCAGUUGAAAAUUUUAUGCAGAAAUUUCAUACUAUUGAAAAUAUAGCCGGACAAGAAUACGAAUUUUCUUGGUUAAAAUAUUAUAAGGAAUUUCAAACUCAUCCCAUAUCGAAAUACUCCUUGAGGGGUUACGAUCUGUCUCAAAAGCAGGAUUUUAUGGAUGCUCUCAGAAACGUCUUCUUGAAAUUCAUAGGAGCCAAGCAAUUUAAAAACGACAUCAUUUAUAAUGACAAUUACACUGAUAUUGUGGCCAGUCGUUUCUUAUUCUCAGCGAAAAAUGUUUCGAAUAGAGUAACCGAAUUCAAAAUAGCGAACGAUUUAUCGAAAAUAGCCGAAGAAGCGCCAUUUUCCGUUGUAAUCCAUACAUUGAUAACACCUGUUACCGAGCAAGGAAUCGUUAUCAGACAGAUAACGUUUCAAUUGUUCUGGAUUACUUCUUUGUUAAUUUUUGUCAUUUUUGUUUCGUUAAUUCCCAGUUUGCAUUGCGCUCUUAUUGUUGCUAUCUGUGUCGGGUCCAUCACCGUGCAGACGAUCGGAUUCAUGUCUAUAUGGGCAAUUAAUCUGGACAUCGUGUCUUUGAUGUGCCUGAUUCUCUGCAUCGGGUUUUGCGUCAAUUAUCCCACUCACAUAUGCUAUUGUUUCAUUACUUCAUCACAAGCAACGACUAAAGGAAAGUUAAAGGAUAGUUUAUGUCACAGAGAUAAUGUAGAAAGAAAAACGAAGAAAGGAAAAGAAAGAAUAAUUUAUAAAAGGGGAAAAAUGGUGAUAGAAAUGCAAGAAAAAGAAGCAAAAAAGAGAGAGACCCUGCUAAACAAUUAA